CAACAAGUCACAGGAUAUCGUCUGCACGUAACAAGUUGUUCCAAUAAGUCUGAUAUCGUCUGCGCGUAACAAGUUGUUAACAAGUUGAUGACAACAAGCUCGUAGCAACCUGUUACGAACAGCCUGUAUUAGUCUUGUUGGAACAACUUUAGCAAAUCUGUUAACGUCAUCAACCUUGUAACAAGGUGAUAACAACUUGUUCCAGACUUGUCACAACAACUGGGAACAAGCAGUGCGAACACAUCUUGGUAUCGGCUUGACAACCAACUUUUUGUCUCAUCUUUCAUUAAUUAAGAGUGUUGAAAUCUGACUAUGUACACAUCCGCCUAUCUCUUGCAGAUCAAAGGCUUGAUUGCUUAAUAAGUCGUAUUGUUCAACUACAGCUCGAUAAUAUGGCUAUUUCUUGUUACACGUUCUUAAAUUUCUUUGCAUUAAUUUGCUGCACGAGACCUACGCUGUGUAAUGCUGCUACUGAAGUGGAUGUACUCAUUCUCGGGGCAGGACUAUCGGGAAUCACAGCGGGCCAUCAUCUUCAAAACAAUGGCUUCACAAAUUUUCUCAUACUCGAAGCUCAAGAUUAUGUCGGCGGGAGAAUAAAGCAAGUGAAAAUUGGCAAUGUGACCGUGGGCGAAGGGGCGAACUGGAUUCAUUAUGUGGAAGAGGGGGACGAUAAUCCACUCCUGGGCUUUGCCAACGAAAUAAAUCUUCGGAGACAUUCGAAUAACUACAGUGAUUAUAAUCUGAGGUAAGCGAAACUAAAUUAAACUAACUUUAUUUAUACUGGACAGCUCUAUAGUUCUAAACUGUUCUUCCUAGAGAUCCAGUAAGGAUCAUUUCUUAUUGAUCCAGUGUUACUAAAGGCGGAAACCUAAACUAAACCGGCUAACUUUAUUUAUACUGGAUAGCUCUAUCAGUUCUAAACUGUUCUUCCUAAAGGUCCAGUAAGAUUCAUCUCUUAUUGAUCCCGUGUUACUAAAGGCGAAAACCUAAACUAAACUAACUUUAUUUAUACUGGAUAGCUCUAUCAGUUCUAAACUGUUCUUCCUAAAGGUCCAGUAAGGUUCAUCUCGUAUUGAUCCAGUGUUACUAAAGGCGGAAACCUAAACUAAACUAACUUUAUUUACACUGUCUUCCUAGAGGUCCAGUAAGGUUCAUCUCUUAUUGAUCCAGUGUUACUAAAGGCGGAAACCUAAACUAAACUAACUUUAUUUACACUGUCUUCCUAGAGGUCCAGUAAGGUUCAUCUCUUAUUGAUCCAGUGUUACUAAAGGCGGAAACCUAAACUAAACUAACUUUAUUUACACUGUCUUCCUAGAGGUCCAGUAAGGUUCAUCUCUUAUUGAUCCAGUGUUACUAAAGGCGGAAACCUAAACUAAACUAACUUUAUUUACACUGUCUUCCUAGAGGUCCAGUAAGGUUCAUCUCUUAUUGAUCCAGUGUUACUAAAGGCGGAAACCUAAACUAAACUAACUUUAUUUACACUGUCUUCCUAGAGGUCCAGUAAGGUUCAUCUCUUAUUGAUCCAGUGUUACUAAAGGCGGAAACCUAAACUAAACUAACUUUAUUUACACUGUCUUCCUAGAGGUCCAGUAAGGUUCAUCUCUUAUUGAUCCAGUGUUACUAAAGGCGGAAACCUAAACUAAACUAACUUUAUUUACACUGUCUUCCUAGAGGUCCAGUAAGGUUCAUCUCUUAUUGAUCCAGUGUUACUAAAGGCGGAAACCUAAACUAAACUAACUUUAUUUACACUGUCUUCCUAGAGGUCCAGUAAGGUUCAUCUCUUAUUGAUCCAGUGUUACUGCAGGAGGAAACCUAAACUAAACUAACUUUAUUCAGUUAGUACUAGAUAGCUCUAUAUAUCAGUUCUAAAGCGUUCUCCGUAGAGGUGCAGUAAUUAAGGCUCAUCUCUUAUUGAUCCAGUGUUACUACAGGAGGAAACCUAAUUAACUAAACUAACUUUAUACUGGUAGCACCUCUAUCAGUGUUUAUUCCGCAGUUCUGAACUGUAAACAUUUAUCUCAAGUCAAGGCCGCCUUUUGUUCACCAAAACCAUAGACUAGUAUUUGUUAUACACUUAUCAAGUUUUCCUUGGCGGCCCUACACACGAACAAAUUUUCCUUGUCCAAAAGCUGGCAUGACUAGUUUUGGAACAAGAAUGGCAAGGAAUUGGAAAAAUUUAUCGUACACACGCGAGCAAAUAAAACUUGUCAAGUAAAAUAUGCCCGUCUGUACGGGGCUUUAAUCAGUGUUGACGAAACCCAUUUCACUUUAUUUGUUCACAGAAAUUCUAUUCACGACAAAGAAGAUCUUAGAAAAACUUUGAAAAACUUUAAAGAAAUAGAAGAGAAAAUUGUCGAGGAAAACGAAAAGAACCCGCGAAACGGGGACCAGCCUUUGGGCGCCUUGUUGGCACAGAAUGGCUGGCUCCCAGACACAACCUUAAAACGAACUGUCGACUGGUGGUAUCUGGACUUCGAGUUUGCUGUAAAACCAGCAGAAAUCUCUGUCCGUCAUUUUUCGGGCCUACCCCAGGUAAAUGACAUCAUCACGGACUCCCGAGGCAAUAAAGGAAUCAUCGAUCACUUGGCUCAAAACAUCACGAGUAAAAUUAAAACGGAGAAAGUCGUCAAGCAAAUCAAGUAUGACUCAAGCGGAAUCGAAGUGCGCACAAGCGAUGGCGAAAUCUUCAAGGCCAAGUAUGGUUUGUGUACAUUCAGCACCGGCGUCUUGGCCUCGGAUCUGGUGGAGUUUAUUCCGGAGUUGCCCAAAUGGAAGAGAGACGCCAUAAUCAGAAUUCCUCUCGCGUACUAUACCAACAUUUACGUGAAGUUUCCAAACGCGUUCUGGGAAGACAACGAGUUUAUCUACAACGCUGGGUCAUUUACUGAGGCGUUCCCCGCCCUGUAUAAUCUGAACAAGAAAGGAAUUCACGAAGGGUCAAAUAUUCUGUUAUUUACUGCAGUCGAAGAUCAUUCUCUUCGCAUCGAGGCACAAAGCGAGAAUGAGACGAAGGCCGAAGUUAUGAAAACAUUGAGAGAAAUGUAUCCGAAUGUCAAUAUUCCAGAGCCCACAGGUAAAGCAGAUCUGGUCAUUGGAGAAUUCAAUCAGAAGUUUAUAUUGCUACAUUGCACGUAAAAACGAACAAGUUGUAACAAAUCUGCAUGCGCAGCAGACACUCUGCAACGUUAUUCCUAGCCUGCGAGCAGGCUCUCUAACACAACAGACUAGAGUUGUCUCAACUUACAAAUUGUUCCAACAACUUGUGAACAGAAUGUGUUCGCACUGCUGUUCCCAACUUGGUGACAAGUUGUCAACGGCUUGCUGACAACUCGCUACAAGGUUGUUGAGCUCAACAGAGUUGUUCCAAAUUGUUCCAACAACUUGUUAUCGUCCUGCAAUUCAACAAUUUGUCAAUAAAUUGUGAAUGACAAUCUUGAGCAACUUGAUACAAUAACGGCAUUGUUACAACUUGUUGACAAGCUCGCUACAAGGUUGUUGAGCUCAGUAGACUUGUUCCAAGUUGUUCCAACAACUUGUUAUCGUCCUGCAAUUCAACAAUUUGUCAACAAACUAAGUUGUGAGUGACAAUUGCAAUCUUGUAGCGACUUCAUAAAAUAACAGCAUUGUUACAACUUGUUGACAACCUUUGCUAGAAGGCUUUUGCGAACACAACUCGUUGACAACUUGUGAGAAUUUUACGUGUGUAAAAACACAAAAUCUAUUGAAUUUUUAGAGAUCUACGUUGGUCAGUUCAAUCAAAAUCCCUACGUACGUGGUUCGUAUAGCAAUGCCGUUGUUGGUGCUACGUUCGCUGACUUUGAUAAUUUGCAAGGUCGUUUGGGUGGCCUGUUCUUCGCGGGAGAGGCAACCGACGUGGAUUACUGGGGGUAUAUGCAGGGGGCUUAUAUUACUGCUUUAAAGCAAGCAAAGGUGAUCGUCAGCUGUCUAAAUGGAAAGGAAUGUCCCGAGUAUGAGCCGAAGGAUGAUGAUAUAUGUAAAACUACAAACGAGGCUAGUCCUAGCGCUCGAAAUAUUGCCCUGUCUUCUUUAGCUUGUAUUUUCUUGCUUCUCUCUGUCGUGUUUAACUGAGAUUUGUGUUGUUUUUCCUAUAUGCAUCUUCUUAUGAAAAUUUCACAUAUGAUUAGUCACAUGUCAAAAUACCUUUUCAAAACUUG